AUGGGUAAAUAUAACAUCGUCGUCUUCGCGGGGGACUGCUGCGGGCCAGAGGUCGCUGCAGAGGGUAUUAAGGUUUUGAAAGCUGUUGAGAAGAAGAGGCCCGAGAUACAGUUCAACUUCCAGGACCAGCUACUAGGUGGAGCCUCAAUUGAUGCAGCUGGAACAGCCCUUACCGACGAAGCUCUCACAGCGGCUAAGAAUGCCGAUGCCGUGCUGCUCGGAGCAGUUGGCGGGCCUAAAUGGGGCACGGGCGCAGUUCGUCCAGAGCAAGGAAUUCUUCGUCUACGGAAAGAAAUGGGAACGUUCGGGAAUUUACGCCCCUGCAAUUUUGCCGCACCGUCGCUAGUUGACAUCUCGCCUCUCAAGGCCGAGGUGUGUCGGGACGUUGACUUCAACAUCAUUCGCGAGCUCACGGGGGGUAUCUACUUUGGUGAACGGAGAGAAGAUAACGGCGACGGAACCGCGUGUGACACCGAACCCUACUCGAGGACUGAAAUUGAACGUGUUGUUCGUCUUGCCGCUCAUCUAGCUCUUCAGCACAACCCGCCAUUACCUGUGUGGAGCUUGGAUAAGGCAAAUGUGUUGGCUACCAGUCGUCUGUGGAGGAAGGUUGUCACAGAGGUGAUGGAUAAGGAGUUCCCACAGCUCAAGUACGGGCAUCAUUUGAUUGAUAGUGCAGCCAUGUUGAUGGUGAAGAACCCUCGUGCUUUGAACGGGAUAGUGGUCACCAGCAAUUUGUUUGGUGAUAUCAUCAGUGAUGAAGCCAGUGUUAUCCCUGGCUCGUUGGGGCUGUUGCCUAGUGCCAGUUUGAAUGGUAUCCCCGACGGCAAGACCAAGGUCAGCGGUAUAUACGAGCCAAUUCACGGAUCCGCACCGGAUAUCGCUGGGAAUGGCAUUGUCAACCCCGUUGCCAUGAUACUUUCCGUAGCAAUGAUGCUGCAAUAUUCUCUCAACCUACCCAAGGAGGCCAAGGUGAUCGAAACCGCGGUACGAAACAUAAUUGAAUCCGGAGUCAAGACCGGUGAUAUCGGUGGUAAGGCCACGACUAAGGAAGUUGGAGACGCGGUUGCAGCUGAGGUCGAGAAGUUGCUCUCGUAA